UCUCGGUCCCGGAAGUACACAAACACAGGGCGCUCACGUUGCUUUUUUAGCAAUGGACACCAUACAUGCGUGUUUCAAAGAGAAAAUCGGUGAAGUGCUUUUACCAGGAGAUGUGUUCUCAAUCAGGUUGUCUGAAUCUGGAGAUGGUAGUAUCAAAACCGAAAAGAUAAUAUGCGGUCCAGGGCUCCGGAGAAACGGAGAGGAAGUUCAAGUGUGUAAAAGUGGAAUUUUGCGCCAUAAACAGCCAAAUAUGUACUGGAUAGACUCUCAGCAGAGACGGUAUGUACCAGCCAAAGGUGAAAGUGUGAUCGGCAUUGUGACUGCAAAGUCUGGAGAUAUCUUCAAAGUGGACGUGGGAGGAAGUGAACAGGCAUCUCUUUCAUACCUGGCAUUUGAGGGAGCAACCAAGAGGAACAGACCUAAUGUGCAGGUUGGAGAUCUGGUGUACGGUCAGUUCACAAUUGCCAACAAAGAUAUGGAACCCGAGUUGGUUUGUAUAGACAGCUGUGGCAGGGCCAACGGGAUGGGGGUGUUUGGAGCUGAUGGGCUGCUCUUUAAAGUAUCACUGGGACUCGUGCGCAGACUUCUGGCUCCUCAGAGUGAAAUAAUAAAGGACCUGGAGAAGAUUUUUCCCUUUGAGCUGGUUGUUGGGAUGAAUGGCAGAGUGUGGGUGAAAGCAAAGGCUGUUCAGCAGACGCUGAUAGUGACCAAUCUUCUGGAGACAUGUGAGAACAUGACCUCACAACAGAGACAGACACUGUUUAAGAGAGUGGCAGAAGGCUCCCUCUAGAGGACAUCUGAAAUACCACUUUUCCCACAAUACACCUGGUGGCGGCGGACACGCCAAAAUUACACAUCAUCAGUUUUCAGAUAUUCAAAGCCUCUGGAAAAGUUCAGAAAUAACAGAGCCUACAAUGGACAUCACUUCCUUUGUAUUUCCAGUUUUGAAAACAGAAUAAGGAAGAGACGUCACCAUUUCUCUUUAAAGAAAUCAAUGCGAUUCUAAAAAUACACUUUUGUAUGAGUAAAAAUUAAUAAAAUUCUGGUGAAACAGCAAAUGCAAACUGAUUUUUGUUGUAGUGAUUAUCGUAAUAACUUAUACUUCAUGUUCGCUGUGUUGUUCGUGUCCAGAAGGGAGCACUUUUUCUCCAGUUUCUUUAGCCGGCUUGUGGUUUUGAAAGUUGCUGCUAUACUGGUAGUUGCAGGAAAUGAGUUAAGAUGUUUGGAUAAGAGAAAUGCAAUGACUGUAACCAGCGUCAUUUUAUAUCCAGUUAUUGAGAAAUACCUCAUCCUUUUUUUUACAGGCAUGUGGAGCAUUAAUCAUUGCGCUAGUCUACAGCAAGCCUAAGGUGUCAAAUAUAAUUCAGUAAUAAAUGUGUGUAGAUAGUUAUAAAGUUUAUUGCUUUUACAACACAGAUUUACAAUACAAAUAUAUAAAAGUC